CUCCACAUAAAACAUAUAUUGCAUUUCGUUACACACCACCAUUAACUGAAGAUACGAUAAUUCAAAUGAAAAAAGAUGGUGUUAAACAUGCAAUUGCUUUCACUCAAUACCCACAAUACUCUUGUUCAACUACUGGUAGUAGUCUAAAUGAACUUUGGAGGAAGUCUGAAAUUGUAGACCCUGAAAGGUCAAUUACUUGGAGUAUUAUUGAUAGAUGGCCAACUCAUCCUGGAUUGAUCGAAGUAGGCACCAUAAGUUUGAUUAAAGACAUUAAUGUAUUCGCUAAGCACAUCGAAAAAUCACUUCUUACUUAUCCUAAAGAAAUUCGUGACAAAGUAGUUCUCUUAUUUUCUGCCCAUUCACUCCCUAUGGUAGUAGUAAAUAGAGGAGAUCCUUAUACAUCAGAAGUAGCUGCAACAGUACAUGCGGUCAUGGAAAGAUUAAAGUUUUCAAAUCCUUAUAGAUUAGUAUGGCAGUCUCAAGUUGGACCGCAACCAUGGCAAGGUCCACAAACUCAAGAUGCUAUAAUUGGACUUGGUGAAAAAGGAGAAAAAAAUAUUUUGUUGGUUCCAAUUGCUUUUACAAGUGAUCAUAUUGAAACUUUAUUUGAAUUGGAUUUGGAAUAUGCUCAUGAAGCUGAAAAGGUAAUGCUUGA